AUGAUUCAGCGCUCUCAGCCUCUCCUACUAGCUAGUCUAGUGGCGAUUCUGAGCUGCUCAACUGCUGUGGCUCUUAGUGUUCCAAAGAUCCAGGCACGAAUUUUGGACGGGCCAGAAACUCUCAGAGAGUCUUACGACUAUGUGAUCAUUGGCGGAGGUACAGCAGGCUUGACCGUCGGAGACAGACUUAGUGAAGAUGGCGAGACUACUGUACUUGUGAUUGAGAAUGGCGAGCUAGCAAACUCGGACGAAAUCAACAAUGUUCGUGACCGUGUCACAUGGAGCGCCGAGCCAUGGUGGCUCUACAAUAUCACCUCCGGCCCAAACAAGGAGCUAGACAACCUGGAAUCUAUCGUCUACGCGGCAAGCGUAGUGGGUGGCGGUUCUGCCCUCAACGGCAUGCAGUGUCUUCGGGGCACAAAGAAAGACUAUGAUAGAUGGGGCAGCUUUUUCGGUCGUGGCUCUCCUUGGUCUUGGGAUGGAAUCCUGCCGUACUUCAAAAAGGCGAGCCGCCUCUUCUUCAGGGGGUUACAUUUUCAACCACCAUCUCAAGAAACUAUGGACCAAAUGCCCGGCCUCAAGUACGAUGAAUCUUAUUGGGGCACUACCUCUCGAUUAUAUGCAGGAUGGCCGUACUUUCAAUGGCCUGGAACUAGUGAGCGUCUCCGCUACCUGCCAGGUGUGGAGGUCCCAGGAGACAGCGGAGCAGGCCAGAGUGGCGUCUACUGGUACCCGACUUACAUGGACGCGAAGGGCUCCAGGAAUAGAUCGUAUGCGCGGACGGCUCACUGGGAUGGUCUGAACCGAGCAAACUAUGAACUCCUUAUAUGGUUCAAGGUUCACAAGAUUGAGCUCGACGGAAACAAAGCCACUGGCGUUGUGUUCGGACCUAACGAAGCGGGCCGUGAAGACGUCGACCUCACCACAGUCAAUGUGAACAAACAAGUAAUCCUCUCUGCGGGGACCAUCCACAGCCCCCAACUUCUACAGCUAAGCGGCAUCGGGCCUCGUAAGCUAUUGGAGAGCGCUGGGAUCGAGACCAAGGUCGACCUUCCCGGUGAUAAUUUUACCGAUCCGGAUUUCGUUGCAUGGGCCGAAACUAUUCGAUCUAGCAACGAAGUCUUCUACAGUCACUACUUCUCGGGCGAUGAGCCUGUCAACUACUUCACAUGCGAACAUCCGUUGAGUCGCGGCAGCAUCAACAUCAACAUCUCUGCUCCUGAGUCCGAGCUCAUCGUCGACUACCGCACAUACAGUAGCCCAGCCGACUUCGAUAUCAUGCUAGAGCUGGCACGAUUUCAUCGCUACAUUAACGAAGAGUCGCCGCUUCUUGUAGAGUUCGACCCCGUUGAAACAUCGCCCAGUCUAAACACGACAUCUCGAGAGGAGUGGGUGACGUACAUGAGGCAGAAUACGGUUCCAACCGCGAUGCACCCCGCCGGCACCUGCGCCAUGAUGCCGUUAGAGCUGGGAGGUGUUGUCGAUGAGCAGUUGAGGGUCUAUGGUGCUGAGGGGCUACGAGUCGUAGAUGCCAGCGUGAUGAAUGUCAUUGUCAGAGGUAAUAUUGCAGGGCCCGUGUUCGCCAUUGCGGAGAAAGGUGCCGAGAUUAUCAAGCAGAGCUCCAAAUAA